AUGGCAAACACAAAAGGGCCUUUUCGUUGCAGCGAGGCACCUGUCAACGCUCCAAAGAUGGAGAACGCCCGAGCAACGCAUCGCGAUCUCCCCGCGAAAGGCAAGCUAUUCAAGCCCGACACGGUCCAAGCUGGCCUUGCUAGUGAGGCGUUCUUUGCUGGCAUCGUUCAUGGCCCAAAGUCCGGGCCUAGUCACCUGGCUGGACGAUGGAAAAAGACUGAGCAUGUGCUGAGCGCCAUGGGAAAUUGGACGGACAAGGACGCCCAAACAAGUCUGGACUCGAAGAAGCAGGACGCGCUUUCGAGGCCAGGCUCAGGGCCUGAGGGUGGAGCCAGGGCUGUCACGGCUAAAUGGGAUUCGGCACAUACAUCGUGA